AUGGAGAGGCAAAAGAAGGUCAAAGACUCAGUGGCCUUUGAGGAUGUUAAUGUGGAGUUCACCACAGAGGAGUGGGCUUUCCUGGAUCCCACCCAGAAGAAACUCUACACAGAUGUGAUGCUGGAAACCUUCUGGAACCUGGCAUCAGUAGGUAGUUAUCACAAAUUCUUCAAUUUCUUAAACCAUGAAAGAACACAUAUUGGCGAGAAACAUGAAUGUAAGCAAUGUGGCAAAGUCUUCAAAUGGUGCAGCAAUCUUAGAAAACAUAAAAGAGGUCAUGAUGGAAGGAAGCCUCAUGAAUGUAAGGAAUGUGGUAAAACAUUUCUUCCCUACUGUCUUAGAGAUCAUGAAAGGACCCAUACUGGGCAGAAGCCCUAUGAAUGUAAGCAAUGUGGAAAAACCUUCAGUAGUCUCAACUCUCUUGGAAGACAUAAAAGAAGUCAUGGAAAAAAGGCUCCUGAAUAUAAGAAAUGUGGUAAAACUUUCUGUGAUCCAUAUUCCCUCCGACAUCAUGAGAGUAUUCAUACUGGGGAAGAACCUUAUAAAUGUAACGAUUGUGGUAAAGCUUUCUCUCAUCCAACUUACCUCCGAAGUCAUGAAAGAACUCAUAAUGAGGAAAAACCCUGUGAAUGUAAGCAAUGUGGGAAAACCUUCAGUUAUCUCAGCUCUUUUCGAAGACAUAAAAGCAGUCAUGAUGGAAAGAAGCCUCAUGAAUGUAAGGAAUGUGGUAAAACUUUCCGUGAUAGAACUGACCUCCGAUUUCAUGAAAUAAUUCAUACUGGGGAAAAACCUUAUGAAUGUAACCAUUGUGGUAAAGCUUUCUCUCAUCCAAGUUCCCUGCGAUAUCAUAAAAGAACUCAUAAUAAGGAAAAACCCUGUGAAUGUAAGCAAUGUGGGAAUGCCUUCAGUUCUCGAGGCUCGCUUGCAAAACAUAAAAGAAGUCAUGAUGGAAAGAAACCUCAUGAAUGUAAGGAAUGUGGUAAAACAUUCCUUCUUCGAUAUUACCUCCGAUGUCAUGAAAUAACUCAUACUGGAGAAAAACCCUAUGAAUGUAAGCAAUGUGGGAAAACCUUCAGUUGUCUGAGCUCUCCAACUUCUCUCCCAUGUCAUGAAAGUAUUCAUACUAAGGAAAAACCCUAUGAAUGUAAGCAAUGUGGAAAAACCUUCAGCAGUCUCCACUCUCUUAGAAGACAUAAAAGAAGUCAUGAUGGAAAGAAGCCUCAUGAAUGUAAAGAAUGUGGAAAAACAUUCCGUGAUCGAUAUGCCCUCCGAGUUCAUGGAAGUAUUCAUACUGGCGAAAAACCUUAUAAAUGUAACCAUUGUGGUCGUUCCCUACGACCGAGCGAGCAGCUUCGGGAGGGAUGA